UUUGUUUGAGUCCUAGUAGCGCUAUCGGUGGCAAAACGCCCAAGUUUGUCGAGAAAUAUUUCCAGUUUUUUACCGCUAGAUGGCGCAUCAAUUUAAAAUCUGGGGAAAAAGUUAAAUACAAAAAAAAACAUUACUUAAACUCAAUUUAAUAAUGAUUUUAAAUGUGAAUAUUUCUAAUGAUAUCAUAAUGAUUACAUCGAUAAAUUUAUUUCCGGCAAGAAAUUUGUUUAAUGCAAGAAAGAGUUGUUGAAAUAUUUUUACAAACAUUCAAAUCAAAAUUCCUGGUAUUGAUCAUAGGUUAUUGCUAUGGAAAUGUAAACAAUGCGUGUCAACUUGAAAAAAUAUCUUAUUCUUUAAUUGAAAAGUAAAGAAGAAUAUUCGAGAUGACUGUUACCUUGCAACCCAGAGUAUUUUAUGGUUUAAACACUAACAUAAUUUCAAAUGCACAUUAUAUUACCGAUGCAGAAGUUUUAUACCCCAUUGGAAAUGUAAUAGUAAUUCAUAAUAUUCCACAACGUCGACAAAAAUUAAUACAUCUGUCUGAUAAAAAUGAGAUAAAUAUAAUAUCUGUUACACCUAACAAAAAGUAUGUUGCAACAUGCGAAGUUGGAGAGAAACCUACUAUAUCUAUUUACGAUCUUCAAACAUUAAAAAGGAAGAAACUGCUUGGCAUACCCUAUGAUGCUCCCAAUGUAACUAAAUUCACUUCUAUAUGCUUUAGUUUCGAUAAUAAAUAUUUAGCAGCGGUUACAGGAUUACCGGAUCAAACGAUGCUUUACUAUAGUUGGGAAAAAGGAAAAAUGGAAUCUGUUUAUAAAGUAGGCAGUUCUCAAAAUCCAUUAGCUGUUACAGAAUUGUUAGCCUGUAAUCCAUCGGAUGCAGGAGUGGUUGCGAUCGGAGGUCCACAUACAUUUAAAUUUUUAACUCUUUCCGACACUGUAUGGCGUCCUUACGGGUUCUCUAAAGCGGAUAAUAUACUUGUAUGUUCAAUGACUUGGUUGAAUUCAGACAGAUUAUUACUUGGAACUAAAGAUGGUAGAAUACUUUAUUUAGAGAAUGGUGACUUGAAAAAUAUGUACGAUAUGAACGGUACAAUGUCUAUGAAUCUCAGAAUUCGUGAAGAAUAUGUCAUACCUGACAGUAGUUUGAUAAUGGAUGUUAGACAGGAUACCUUAUGGGAAAAUAAUAUCCGUUGUUUAAAUGCAUUUUCGAAAGGAUUUGCAUAUGCAUUUGGUCCAAGAACAAUUGUGAUCUUUGAAAAAGAUGGUCAACAUAAAUAUGUAAAGAGGAAUAUUUAUAUAAUUCCAUUGCAAGUAUCAAAGGAUGAUAAUCAAAAUUUAUAUCGAGUCAAUACCAUAAACGUUAAUGUAAGUUUGGAUCGACUGUUAAUUACAACUGGUUGGCCCCAAUUGUUUUACGCAAGAUUAUGGGGUCCGGAUCUAAAUAUAGAUCCAGAACCACAGGAAUUAAAAGUGAUGGGUCAAGCCUUACAUCACGGUCCUAUAAGCAAUCUUUCGAUGUGUACGUGGAAAUCGAUAUUUAUGACCUGUGGAGAACUCGACUAUAGCGUAAGACUGUGGGACUUUGAGACAGGAAAUUUACUUUUACUUAAACAAUACACAGAAGACAUUUGUGGGAUUUCUUUACAUCCUACGGGUCUUUUUUGUUUAAUUGGUUUCAGCGAUAAAUUACGUUUUAUGAGCAUAUUAAUAGACGAUUUAUUACCUAUGGAAGAAUUUCCUAUAAGAUGCUGCAAGACUGUAAAGUUUAGUCAUGGUGGUCAUUUAUUUGCCGCUGUUAAUGGAAAUAUCGUACAAAUUUACACUACUGUCGGUUUUGUCAGCUAUUUUAUUUUGAAAGGGCACACUAGUAGAGUGAAGGCUUUAUUAUGGUCGCAAACCGACACAAAGUUACUAACAUUAGGUACCGAGGGUGCUAUAUAUCAAUGGGACAUGAGCACUGGUCGACGUUCCGCAGAGAUAAUUUUAAGAGGACUUAAUAUACACGAUAUUGCUUUAUGCGCAGAUGAAUUGAUUUCGUACUGCAUUGUCAACGACAGUUUUAUAUACGAGAUAAAGGAUAAUGUAACUCGAGAGUAUAGUUUUCCAGGAAUAACCAUGCACAGUAUGGUAUUAGGAAAAGAGGACCAAGCUCUAUUUCUUGUUUGUAUCGGAGGUACUAUUUUGUCAGCAAAAUGUCCACUUCAAGAGCCAGUAUAUUAUACAGAUUUCAAGAUUCACUCAGUUGAUAUCACAAAGAUCGCUCUUUCUUAUAACGAACAAUGUUUAGUAUCUACCGGUAUCGAUGGUAGCUUAUGUAUUUGGAAAGUAUAUUAUUCAGAUGGAAAAGGGACAAUAGGCAAAGAAGUAGCAUAUACAAACGAGGUGUUAAUUAGUAAAGGUGACCUGGAAGAGAAGAUACGAACAAUUGAAGAUUUAAAUGUAAGGAUGAGAGAAUUGGAAACUGAACACGGGUACAAAAUGCGUCAGGUGGAAGUUGUGCAUAACGACAAAGUGCGAGAUUUACACCAAGGAUAUUGCGAAGCCAUCGAGGAACUGAGGGAUAAGAUAAGUAGAUUGCAGGAAGAUCAUAAGGGCGAACUCAAUUCGAUAAAUGCUGAAAUUGUCACCCUGAAAGAAAAUCACGAGGAAACGAUGAAACUAGUGGAAAUGAAUUACGAUGCGAAACUUAUAACAGAAUACGAUAGAUAUUUAGCUUUGGAAAACAAUAUGAGCGGUAUGCGACAAGAUUAUGAGAAACGGUUGCAAGAGUUAGAGAAAUUCGGAGUGGAUGAAUUAGAAAAAAUGAUGACGAAAUACGAGGCUCUUCUACAUACGAAAAAAUUGCAGCUGGAGGAAACUCAGGAGGAAAUGACGCAUCAAGCACGAGUUCACGAACAAAUAACGACGCAAAUAGAAGAUGAUGCCGACCAAGAAUUACUGGAAAUAAGAAGAAAUUACGAAACACUGUUGCACGAGGAAAAAGAGUCGAACGUACGGUUGAAAGGAGAAUCUGGAAUGAUGCGAAAUAGGUACAUAGCUAGCCAAAAAGAAGUAGAAGAGUUGAAGAGGCAAGUGCAUCGUGUUCAAAGCGAGUACAGUUAUUAUCAAAAAUCUAUGCAAGAAUUGGAGAAAGAUAAGGAAGAUUUGAAGAAGGAGAUAGACGAGAGGGAUGUUACGGUUCAAAAGAGGGAACGUCAAAUAUACGAGUUGAAACGUAAGAAUCAAGAAUUGGAAAAGUUCAAGUUCGUGUUGAAUUAUAAAAUAAGGGAGUUGAAGAAUCAAAUAGAACCGCGAGAUCAGGAGAUCAGAGAGCUCAAGGAGAAGAUUCAAGAUAUGGAAACGGAGCUUGUAAAUCUCCAUAAGACUAACGUCAGUUUAGAAUUGCAGCUAUACGAAUUGAGAGAAAAAUUGGCUGCUGCGAGACAAGAAUAUCAAAAUGAAAUGCAUCGUAGUAGAAAGUGUGAAAAGCUUUUGAAAAGAAUUCGAGUAGAUUUGCUCGAUGCCUCAGGGCUUGUGCAAGAUCCACAAGCUUUGAAAACCACCACAACCAAGUUGUAUCACAUGUACAGUUCGAGUGAGGAAUUCUUACGCAGUCGUAAAGCAGAUCUAGACGCGCAAUGCGAGUUCACGAAACAAAGGGAUCAUCUCGAAAGAACGAUAGGUUCGCUAAAAAAACAAGUUUUUCAGGAUACGUCUAGCGGUGACAAGGGCAUAGAUAAAACGGUAGACGAAAAUAUAACGUUGAUCACAGAACUAAAUGCACUAAGGGAGGAAUUGAAAGAUGCAAGGAAACACAUAUUACACUUGGAGGGUCUUGUAGGUUUGACUGCGAAAGAUGUAGAGCCAUCGGAAGCGAAGAAAAAGUUGGAAAACGCGUGUUACGGAUACGAACAGUUGCAGAAUAAAUAUAAAGUUCAAAUGCAGGAGUGUCAAAAUAUAAUAAACGCAUUGAAGGAUGACAUGAUGAAACUUGUAAGCAAAUUACCCUGCGAAGAGUCGAUGCACGAAGCUAAAGGAAACUUUUAA